AUGUCAGGAAUAAAUUUGCAGAUUAACGAUGAAUUUAAGGCCUAUCAUCUCCCCUUUUUAUGGAGUUAUCAUACGGGUCUCUUUGAUGCCAAUGGUAUCAAAAUCAAUUUCAGCAAGGAAGCUCCAGUGGAGAAUUCAAAGACAAUUGGUUUUGAAUUCAACAAUUUAUUGAGUUCUCAAAUAACCCUGUUGGAAGGGGUAAACUUAGAGCUCCUUUACCUUGAUAACUUAAAUUUAUCUGAAAAAUUAACUAUAGGUGCUCCUAUUGUUGGUGGGCUGGACACUAAUCAAUUUACGGCGUUAUUGGCAGACAAAUUCAAUAAUUUUGAGCUCUUGAUUUUGGACACUCAAACACUUGUCGAAGGCAUGUAUUCUAAACAACUAGAUGCCAUUGUGGGGUUUGACCUCCUUCACAAAAUUCAGCUUGAAGAUCAUGGCAUGCGACUUAAGAGUUCUAACAUUGUAAGAACAAGGUUGUUAGAUUCCAAAGUUGACUUGGUCUGUGGGCUGAGAAAUAUCACUGACGAUGAAGCUGAAAAGAUUAAACUCUGCUUGACUUGCGCAAUUGAACAAAUAUUAUCAGACCCGUUAGAUACACUUGGAGAUAUUAGCACGCUUGUACCGGAACUUGAUUUCGACUUUCAACUAAGAAUUCUAGAAAGAAGUUUUCCCUACUUUGUGAAAUCAAAAAUGAAACACUCUGCAGUCAUUGACUACCAACAAUUCAAAUCAUUCCAAGAUGAAGCAGGUGGAUUUCACCGCAUAUGUAUUGAAUAA